UUUUAAGACAAAAAAAGGUCGAACGGCUAACCUCUACUCUUCCUCCCAAAGGAAUAUCCCAAUUUCUUAGGACUUCGAUCUCCUGUACUCUUAUCUUCUCACGCUGUUCUUCUACCUGAUGUCUGUAGGUUGCCUCCAUUCAUAUCUGGAUGUCGAGCGGUAUUUUUGGAAGCAAUUGGGCACCCUCGGCUGCAAUAUUUUUUCUUGCCAUUUUUUGUGCAAUUUUUUGACAACAUUUGGCAUUCAAGCAAACCUUUGAUUUGAUAUCUUUGCAAGUAGCCUGACACUCACUUGAUUUUUUAAGACUUUUGGAUCGAUACAGAUGCACCUACCUCUCCCAGCUCCGAUCUUCUUGUUGUUUUCUACAGCGCUUAGGAUUCAAGAAACCCCGAAUCUUUUCUUGAGUAUCCAUUCUCCAGAUUCAGCCUGGAGAAAUCUGGCAAAACCCAGUGAAAAAUCCAGUCUUUAGCGCGCAAUCUCCAAGAGGCCAUUGGAGAUCUUGCUCGAGAGCACAAGCGACCAAGAAAAUGUCGCCGCAGCCGCCCGGCGACCUCGCAGAGGAUGAGGAGAGAGAGACCAAUGUCCUCAUCGAGGCGGCUCCAGGGUCGCCGGCCAAGGCAGCGGAGGACGGCCCCGGCAGGCCGCCGUCGCCGGCGGCGUGGUUCCGGAUGUUGUCCAGACAGCUGCACUGGAGCUUCGUGUUCGGCGUGGUAGCCACGUACGGCAUCAGCCAGGGGCUCGGCGGCGGCAUCACGCGCGUGGCGUCCGACUACUACUGGAAGGACGUGCAGCGGGUGCAGCCGUCGGUGGCGCAGGUGUACCAUGGCGUCACGUCCAUCCCCUGGAUGGUCAAGCCGCUCUGGGGCCUGCUCACUGACGUGCUCCCCGUGGCCGGCUACCGGCGCCGGCCGUACUUUAUUCUCGCAGGCUUCAUUGGAGUGAUUGCAAUGCUUAUAAUCUCUCUACACAGCAAGCUUCAUGCAUUGUUUGCGUUGUUGGCAAUGAUGACUGGAAGUGCUAGUGUGGCGAUAGCGGAUGUUACUAUAGAUGCCUGCGUGGCUGAAAACAGUAUAGUCUACCCUCAUCUUGCUGCUGACAUGAUGAGCUUGAAUGCAUUCUGUGCAUCUGUUGGAGGCCUUAUUGGAUUCUCAAUAAGUGGUUUUCUUGUUCAUGCAAUAGGGUCUCAAGGUGCCCUUGGCAUGUUAACUAUACCCUCUGCCUUGGUAAUUUUAGCUGGACUGCUGCUAAAGGAGGUCCAGAUCCCCAACUUUCCAUAUGAGCAGGCCCAUAAGAAGUUUGCAGAGGCAAGUGGAAAAAUGUUAACGACCUUAAAAUGUCCUGAAGUAUGGCGCCCAUGUGUUUACAUGUACAUUUCACUUGCUUUGAGUGUGGACAUCCAAGAAGGAAUGUUCUUCUGGUACACAGACCGAAGUGCAGGGCCAUCUUUUUCUGAGGGAUUUAUUGGCUUUAUGUUCGCAGUUGGGUCAGUUGGUUCUCUUGUCGGAGUCAUACUUUAUCAGAAUAUUCUUAAGGACCAUCCAUUUCGCAGCCUUCUCUUUUCGAGUCAGUUGUUGUUAAGCUUGUCGGGAAUACUUGAUCUGAUGCUGGUUCUUCGUCUAAAUCUGAAAAUGGGGAUACCUGACUACUACUUUGCUGUGAUCGAUGAGGGGGUCUCCAAAAUGAUCAACCGUAUCAAAUGGAUGCCACUUUUGGUUCUCAGCUCGAAGCUUUGCCCCACUGGCAUUGAGGGCACAUUCUUCGCGUUGCUCAUGUCCAUUGACAACAUCGGUUCGUUAACUGGAUCUUGGGUGGGCGGGCUGCUCCUUCAUUUGCUGAAAAUCACAAGAACAGAAUUCAAGAACCUCUGGGCUGCGAUCAUAAUACGGAAUGCGAUGAGGCUACUGCCAUUGGCACUGUUGUUUUUGGUGCCUAGAAGUGAUCAGAAUUCCACUCUUCUUCCAUCUGAUUUGCUGAAUGAGGAUGAUGCUGGCGAAACUCAGCAAAUAGAGAAUGUUGAGUUAACCUCUCUUGCCGUCGACAGGAAUUCGUGCACUGAUAAACCUCUCCAAGAAUGCAAUAAUCGGGGGGUCCUUGAUCUAGAACAAGACGAUGACGAAGCUUCACUGCUUGCCAACAGGAGUUGAUACUUGAUGGAUCACACACAGAGAUUUUUCUUUUGUACACGAGCAAAUAGUUCAAAUCUAGAAAAAUCUUGACAUUUCUUUCAAGAUGUUUAUUUGAAUGUUCAUGCUGUUGAAAUUCAUUAAUUUUACAGCAGGGUAGCAAAUUCCCGACAGUCACGUAGUAUGGACAUUUUGAAGUUUUUUUUUCUAAAUUUUAUCUGAACUCUCACAUAUUACAAGAUUUUAUUUAAAAGUUGCCAAGUGUAA